AUGGCACCAUUCGAAGCUCUAUACGGAAGGAGGUGUAAAACCCCUUUGUGCUGGCUUAGUGGUGAGGACAAGAUCACACUCGAGCCUGAACUACUUCAAGAAAUGACAGAAAAAGUUAGAAGCAUCAGAGAGAAGCUGAGGAUUGCACAAGAUCGACAAAAAGCCUACUAUGAUAAACGUCGCAAGCCACUUGAAUUUCAGGAAGGAGAUCAUGUCUUUUUGCGAGUCACACCUAUCACUGGAGUUGGAAGAUCCAUACACUCUAAGAAGCUGACUCCUAAAUAUCUUGGACCUUAUCAAAUUCUUAACAGGAUUGGCGCAGUAGCAUAUCGCAUCGCCUUGCCUCCCUCAUUAUCAAACUUCCACGAUGUGUUCCAUAUAUCUCAAUUAAGGAAAUACCUACCUGACUCUUCUCAUGUAAUCGAACCCGACAACAUCGAGCUUGAGGAGAAUCUCACCUACCCAACUCAACCAGUGAAGAUACUCGAAAGGAGAGAAAAGCAACUUCGUAAGAGAACGGUUCCGCUGGUGAAGCUAGCCUGGAGCGAUGAUAAUCAAGACGCAACUUGGGAGUUGGAAGAAAGCGCAAGGAAGCGGUACCCCUCACUAUUCGGUAAUCUCUUAAUGGAGAAUUUCGGGGACGAAAUUCUUAAAAGGAGGGGUGAAUGUAACAUCCCACUUUGA